AUGCAACCAUCCUUUAUAUUAAUUUUUGGGUUAUUAUUCGCCCGGGCUUGCGCCCAGCAAAACGGAGCCCACACCCGCCGCGAAGGCGUCGUCCGCCAAGCCGUCGAGCGCAUUUUGAGCAACAGCCAUUAUGAUGCCUCACAGCGACCUCCGAUCAAGAAUGGCCCAUCAUCUGCCGUCCCGGUCAUCGUCUCCGUCUUUUUGAACCGAAUUGUUUGGCACGAUGAGUACGCGGAAGUCGACCUGCGGCUCCGCGAGCAAUGGGAGGACAGCCGGCUGGCUUAUGAGGUUGACCCGAGGGAGGCGAUUGAUGAGAUUACCCUCCCCGGCAGCAAGCAAAUCUGGACGCCCGGCACCUAUUUCAGCAAUGCCAAGGAGAAGGCAAACGAUGCUGUGGCGAGAGGCCGUACCCUGGUGGAACCUUCCGGAUUCGUUCGCGCGUCUACUGGACGUACAAUCUACGUGCCCGUCUCCCACGGCGCCUCAUUCCCAUUCCUCAACCGUCGCACUUUCAAGCUCAGGCUGUCUAGCUUCAAUUACCCGAUCGAGGACGUGAUCUACGUGUGGGCAAACUCGCCGCCGCUUGUUGUCCCGGUUGAGGUUGCCGACGAUUUGAUGGAGGGCACCGUCAAGUUCGAGGAGGUUGCCGCCGGGGAUUGCAUCGGAAAUUAUACUUUUGGCUCGUACCCUUGCAUUGACGUGGACAUCACUUUUUCCUCCUCCACGUUCAGCAGUUUUGCGCGCGUCUUUUUGCCCAGUAUUUUGCUGGUAAUCGCCUCGUGGCUUCAUUUCUGGAUCCACGGCUCGUGGUCGGUGCCAAGGACCGUUUCCGCCGCCGCUCCUUUCCUUAUUUUUGCAGCCCUUUUCCUUUUCGGUGGGUCCGCCCUGCCUUCGAGUGUGCCAUCCCUGUGGUGUUGGCUAUCGUUCUGCCUGCUGCUCUCGUUCCUCUCGCUGCUUGAGUAUUUCCUCGUCAUUUUGUGCGGAAUUAGGAGAAACAUCCGGUACGCUUCCGGCCGUGCCGGCUCGGCGGCCGACGAUAGCCCGCUCACCCCGCAUGGAAAUCAGACGUUGGAAGUGGUCUACGACGGAAAAUGCGCCUCGUUCCGCGAGAACAACGGCCUCGACGUCAUCUCGCGCAUUCUGUUCCCAGUUCUGUUCCUCGUUUGGUGCCUUUUGUACUUUUUCGUCUUG